AUCUCCCGGGCUGAGCGUUGGCGGCGGCGGCUGUGCGGCGGUUGGCGGCGGCGCGGGACGGCCUGCAGCGCGCGCGGGGCCGUCGCGGCGACCGUUGGCCCGUGAGGGGAGAGCGACGGCGGCGGGAGGUGACUGGUAGAAGAGAGAGACCUGUUCCUGACUAUGUCGAGGAGAAAGUUGGAGAAUAAAAGCCUUUCUGGCUUGUUAGCCACAUCUCUGCAGACACAAAUCAAGACAGACAAUUUCCAUAAUUUUUAUAUGCUUGAAUCAAAAGAGCUGGGAAGGGGAAGAUGUGCUGUGGUUAGAAAAUGUAUAGCUAAAUCCACAGGCCAAGAGUAUGCAGCUAAAUUUUUAAAGAAAAGAAGAAGAGGUCAAGACUGCAAAGCAGAGAUUCUUCAUGAAAUCGCCGUACUUGAAUUAAUGAAAUCUAAUCCUCGCAUAGUUAAUCUUCAUGAAGUCUAUGAAACAGCAAAUGAAAUCAUCUUAGUGUUGGAAUAUGCUGCUGGAGGAGAAAUAUUUGACUUGUGUGUCCCUGAUCUGGAUGACAGAAUUGGUGAAAGGGAUAUUGUAAGACUUAUAAGACAAAUACUUGAAGGACUUCGUUGCUUGCAUGAAAACAAUAUUGUUCAUCUUGAUUUAAAGCCUCAAAAUAUUCUGCUGAGCAGCAUCAAUCCUCUUGGUGAUGUAAAAAUUGUAGAUUUUGGUAUGUCUCGGAAGCUUGAGAAUUCUAGUGAACUGCGGCAGAUCAUGGGAACAACAGAGUAUCUAGCUCCAGAAAUCUUGAACUACGAUCCUAUUACCACAGCUACAGAUAUGUGGAAUAUAGGUGUAAUUUCAUACAUGCUGCUGACGCAAGAAUCGCCGUUUGUGGGAGCUGAUAAUCAAGAAACUUACCUUAAUAUAUCUCAAGUUAACGUGGAUUAUUCAGAAGAAACAUUUUCAUCGGUUUCACAGCCUGCCAAAGACUUCGUUCAAAAACUUCUCAUAAAAAAUCCAGAGGAAAGACCCACAGCAGAGGCCUGUCUUUCUCAUUUGUGGUUGCAGCAAGGGGAGUUCACGCUCUUGUGUAGCCCUGAAGAAACUUGUUGCUCUUCUCUGCUGCCAGGACAUGCAACAAAAUGCUUAGAAGAGCGGAAUGUAAAAUCCAGUUCUAAUGGUACCUGUAGCAACAAGGAAGACAAAGAAAAUAUUCCAGAGGACAGCAGCAUGGUCUCCAAACGUUUCCGUUUUGAUGAUUCGUUGCAGUAUCCCCAAGACUUCAUGACAGACUUCGUAUGUUGAUCUGUAAUAUAGACUUUCUUGUAAAAAUGAAUUUAGCAUAAUCUAUUCCAGUGGUGAAUAUAAGAUUAUGGCUUGCCAGUUCAUGCAGCAUUGGCAUACUGGAAAUGCACUUUGAUUCUUUUAUGUUGGUGCCUCCUUUUCUGUCCAUUGCGGGCAAUGGAUUUAACUCCUGAAAAAUUUGGGUUGUUGCACCAAUAAAAUGAAUUAUUUUUUUUAAGAAGAUAUAAUUAAAUAUUUUUGCACUUUUCAAGUUUCAGUCCAAAAGUGAUGCCAGAUUGAACAAACUAAAACCUGAAAAUGAGUUUGUUCAAGCUCAAGUUUUGCCAGUGGUUAAAUACAUGUACACUUUUAUAACUAGCCUUAAUAAGAAAUUGGUCUAAGCAGGGAAACAGAAUCUAGCUGUCCUACUGGGCUUAUUUGUGAUCACUCUCAUCCCUUUAAAUGGAAGCUAAUGUUGGUAUGUCUUGGGAUUAUGAUACAUCUGUUGGGGCCACGUGGAAAAUUACUUCCUCUCUAGGAUUGUUCGUAGUUAAUGAAACAUUUCUGCCUUACUGAUCUGGUCCGCUCAGCAAUUAUAAUACAUACUCUGCGUUUUUGCUGUGUUGGAUCUCUGCAGUGCUUGAAUAGACAGCAGGUAGACUGUCAUUCCUUGUGCUAGUGAUCCUUUGAUUCUUAUCAGUAAGUUGUAUUUGAAGAGGAUGAAGGUCCCACGCUGAUGGGAACAUUUGAUAAACUUGUUAGUUUGCUUUCAUAAAACCUCUGAAAUAGUGCUGUCUACCUGUAUUGACCUGUUCUUCAUCUUAAGAAAAAACACAACACAACACCACACCAAAAAAAAAAAACCCAAACAGAAAGCCUCUUUAGAGUUAAAAGUAGUAACUGAAUAAACUGAAAAUAACCAUUUUUGCCAGUGAAGCUGCAAUUAAAAGCUUUUCAUUAUGCCCUCUAAUGUAGAAAUGCAGUGCAUCUUUCUGUCAAUUGUUGUUAUGCAUAAUAACUUAGCUUUGUGCCCACUCUGAGAAAUGGACUGCAGUGUGUUAGUUUUUAAAGACAAACUACCUAAUAACUGUUUUAAGCCUUUCAAUUUUGUUUGUUUAGUGGGUUUGUUAUUUUUUCAAGUUACAUCCACUUCCUGUUUCUAAGCUCUGAGGAAAAAAUGCCUAUGUCAGUUUUUGACUUAGAGCAAAUACCAGUCAUGCCUUAACAGCCUGAAACUGAUACUGACAAGAUAAAAAUCCUGAUCGUAACACUGAGGUUGGAAGCCUUUUUGUGUAGGGAAUGUAUUAAAGCUCUUGCAAAUAUUUUGAAAGUAAAUGGCACUUUAAGAUACUUUUGGGGUUUUCCACUCCUCAGAGCUUAGACUAAAUUGUCUUUCGUUUGUUUUGUAUAAUAAAAUACAACAAUCUGAUAAUCAUUCCCAAGUGUGCCUGUGGACUUGUCAAUAGCUAGGCAGAUGGAGGUUUUGGAACAACCUAUGGUUGAGAGGUGAACAGGGAAUGGUAAAAGGUUGUAUUUUACCUUUCUUCACGCAAGGAAGGAAUAAGGUUUUUUUACAAAUAGAUUUCAAUAUAGUAUCACCAUAAUGUGUGGGGGUUUAGGACUGUUUUUAUUGUGGGUGACACUCAAGUCAACAAGUGAAAGGCCGACUGAGGUGUAAGGCGUGUGAGACUAUCUUACAGCUUAUGUUUGUUGGAAGUAGUAAGGACUUAAUCCCAUGUGAAAUGAAGUAAUGGAUAUAUUUAGCACAUAUGAAGCUCAGAUGCCGAAGUAUAAGUGAACCACACUGAGUCUUCUCUAUGUAAUCUCAUGUUGCUUUUUUCAGUGGGACUGAUAAUAUAUGUAAUUAUAAAUUACUUCACUGGAGGCAGUUGUUGGAUUGUGUUCAGGUACUUUAUACCCUUACUUUUCAAAGUCCUUGGCUUUUCCCAGUUGAAGUCAUACCUAACCUUUUGGUUUUUUCCACCAGCAUGGAGUCCAGUUUGAACCGGGUAAACUAAAAAACACAAACAAUUUUGUAUGCACUCAGAAGUUAAAGUCCACUUAAAGGAGAAAAUGUUGAAAAGCUGUGACAUAGAAAGGUAGAAAACGAUGUUUAUAAAAUUGUUACAUUUUUAAAUUCUGCAAAAAUAUUACUGAACUGAAAUGACAACUGGGAAGCUUGUGAAAGUCUUCAUACGUGAGUAUUCUACUUUUAACAUCUGGAAAAUAAAGCUGAAAGCAUAUGCCAGCACUUUAUGACAAAGUUGUUAUUCCUUAAGAUUUUUAUCAUGAUAUCUGAUGUUUACAUUUCUUACUACUUCUGGGGCUAACUUAAAUAAGAAAAUUGGUAUUACGUGAGAAACUUAAGUUUUGAAGACUUUAUUUGUACUUUAUGUAAACUUAAAAUAUACCUUGAAUCAGGUUUUCUUCGGAUCAGUGAGUUUGAUUUAUUUAAAAAUAUUGUUGUGCACGCAUAACUUCAACUGAAUGUAAAUACAUACAUUGUAGACAAUUGUUAGCCUGUCUUGCUUCCUGCCAUAUUCCUGGGAAUUAAAAAGUUUAAAUGAGUGAUGAGUAACAUUUUAAGAUGACUGAAGUCAUAUUUCUAUGUAGCUCAUGACCUUUUUAUAUUAAAAAAAAAAUAAUAAACUUUGCCUUUUUUCAAAA